AUGGUCUCAGAGGCAGUCUCAGAGGCAGUAAUGGUGGUCUCGGAAGCAGUGAUAGUGGUCUCAGAGGCAGGGUUCAAUAAUUCUAAUAAACAGCAGGCUAACUUUGUCUUUAAUUCAGUAAAAGAUGAAAGGUCUGACAGUACUAUUUUCAAAGAAAAAAUGCCAAAUGCUUUGCAAAGAUGA